AGAAGCUCGUAAAGGCGCGGUGUCCCCGGUUGCGUUACAGACGCGAGCAAUGGGCGAUCACGGGCGCGUUCUCGUGCUGGCAGACGGCGCUGGACGCGACGCGCUCGCUGUCCCGGGACCACGCCGCGCUCGCCGACCUGUACGGGGGCCCGCUGGCCGCGCGCCUGCAGCGGGCCGCCGACGACGCGCUCCGCCUGCACAGGAAGUGCCGGGACAUCGUGUCUGAGCGGCACGAGGAGGUGUGCGCGGCGCUGGCGGAGGCGUGGGGCGCGGGCAAGGCGCAGACGGCCGCGGCGCACGAGUGGCGCGUCGCCGCACACAAGCUGCGCACCGCACACGCCGCGCGCGCCGCUCUCGCCGCACACUCGCCGCCGCGACACAAGAAGCUCAAGGCGCUCGACAAGGAACUAGACAAGCGUCGCUCGCGGCACAGCGCGGCGCGCGCACACGCGCUGCGGGCCCGCGCCGACUACGUGCUCAGCCUCGAGGCCGCCAACGCCACGCUGCAGCGGUACUUCCUCGACGACAUCGCCGACAUCAUCCUGGUACGCACACCCGCACACCCGCACACUAGGAAUACUAACCACAUCACAUGA